AUGGACAAUGGGGGACCGUAUGUGACAAGCACAAUGGAGCUUACGCGAAAACAGAUUAAUCGUCUACGUACCGUCCUCAACGAGACGGUCGAAAUCCACGGGAAAGGGAAUUUCCCCACAAUCUCUGCUCGUCUCAUCGACAUCAUUUCAUGCGUUCGAGAAAAACUCAGGCAAGCUGGUAUGCCACCGAAAUCGGUGAAACUAAAUGGUGGUGCGGCAUCUCAUGUGGCCUCCGCUGAUGAUUUCUCAUAUGCUGAUCUGGAUCUCAUAUUUCCUAUGGAAGUGGAAAACUCGGACAGUUUUGAUAAAGUUCGCGAAGCAGUGUUCGAUACUAUUAUGGACAUGAUACCAUCCGCAAACAAGUCGAAAAUUAAUGCUGACACCGUAAAAGAUGUAUAUAUUGGAAAAAUGGUCAAGGUGUCUGGUGAUGAUGAUCGUUGGUCUCUUUUCUCUCUCCACAAUGACUUCGGUAGAUGUAUUGAGCUGAAAUUCGUCGAUAAGAUGCGACGUCAAUUCGAAUUCUCGGUAGACUCGUUCCAAAUCACUCUUGAUUCGUUACUGGACGACUUCAACAAUCAAGAGCCUAAGAUUUAUAUAGAAAGCGUGUUUGGUGACGUACAUCAGGCCAUGGCUCAUCUACAAGAGCGAUUAAUUGACACACGUCGACCGGAAGAAAUUCGUGGUGGUGGUCUACUUAAAUACUGUCAUUUACUUAUAAGAGGCUAUAAAGCAGCUAGGCCAUCAAAAUGUCGACAACUAGAAAGAUAUAUGUGCUCUCGUUUCUUCAUUGAUUUUCCCGAUGUGGUUAGUCAAGAGCAGAAGCUACGAAACUAUCUCGACAACCACUUCGGCUCGAACAAUGAUCAGGUUCGUUUUUGCAGAUCCGCCCCGUCUUUUAGUCUCUUGGUGCUUCGUAGAGCAAAGAAUCGCAAUUAUCCGUUACGCUCAGAAGAAAAAAUCUUCCUGGAACGUCGCAUAUUUUUGCAGUGGUCGAGCUCUGGUGACGAAACGGAUUCGGAAGCGUCGAUGAGUAUGGCACCAUCGACGAUUUUAGCCCAAGGUCAAGCUAAAUACGACUUCCUAAUGCUCCUACAUCGUGUUGUUAGCGAGAGUACAGUGUGUUUGAUGAGCCAUGAAAGGCGUCAAACUUUGGUGAUGAUCGACCGACUUGCGUUUCAGGUAUGA